UAUUUUUAUUUUUCAUUCUUUGUUGCAAUGGGAGCAACUCAUACAACAAUGGCAGCAACUGAAAAGACAACGAGAACAUCCGAACCCACAUGGGCGGAACUACUGGGCAGCAACAACUGGGAAACCCUGCUCGACCCAUUAGACCUCAGCCUCCGCCGCCUCAUCCUCCGCUGCGGCGACUUCUGCCAGGCCACCUACGACGCCUUCAACAACGACGUCAACUCCAAGUUCACCGGCACCAGCCGCUACGGCAAGAAGUCCUUCUUCGACAAAGUCAUGCUCGACUCCGCCGCCAACUACCAGGUCCACUGCUUCCUCUACGCCACCGCCAAAGUCGGCACCGGCGAAGCCCUGUUCCUCCACUCCCUCUCCCGCGAGUCCUGGGACAGGGAGUCGAACUGGAUCGGCUACAUCGCCACCACCUCCGACGAACUCAGCCGCUCCUCCGGCCGCCGCGAGAUCUACGUCGUCUGGCGCGGCACCACCCGGAACUACGAGUGGGUCAACGUCCUGGGCGCCCGACCCGAAUCCGCCCAGGAGCUGCUCCGUCCCAAGAACUGGGACAAGAAAACCCCAGACGACAACGACAGCGACGACGACGACGACGACGAAGGCGUGCCCAGAGUAAUGAACGGGUGGCUCACAAUCUACAUGUCAACAGAUCCCAACUCCUCAUUCACCAAAUUAAGCGCCAGAACCCAGCUCCUGAAAAAGAUCGAACAGAUCAGAGAACAAUACAAAGACGAAAGCUUGAGCAUAACUCUAACAGGACACAGCCUCGGCGCUUCGCUGGCAAUACUGUCGGCUUUCGAUCUAGUCGAGAAUGGAGUCGACAACAUCCCGGUUUCCGCCAUUGUCUUCGGCAGCCCUCAGGUUGGGAACAAGGCGUUCAAUGACAGAGUGCUUGAUUUUGCAAAUCUCAAAGUUCUGCACGUGAGGAAUAAAAUCGAUCUGAUCCCGCUCUACCCGAGCGGGCUUCUGGGGUACAGGAACACGGGGAUCGAGCUUGUGGUAGACGGUAGGAAGUCGCCGAGUCUGAAGGAUUCGAAGAGUCCGGGUGACUGGCACAACUUGCAGGCGAUACUGCACGUGGUGGCUGGGUGGAAUGGGGAUGAUGGGGAAUUUGAAUUGAAGGUUAAGAGGAGCUUGGCUUUGGUGAACAAGUCGAGCGCGAUAUUGAAGGACGAGUAUUUGAUUCCGGGUUCGUGGUGGAUUGAGAAGAAUAAAGGGUUGGUUCUUGAUGAGGAUGGUGAGUGGGUUUUGGCUCCGCCUUCUGAUGAGGAUCAGCCGGUGCCGGAAUUUUGAAAAUGCAUGUUGUGAAAUCUGUCAUUGUUGGAUUAGUACUUGUUGUGUUUGGUGCUUGUUAUUAUCCUCUCUCUCUCUAAAAUAAUGUUUGAUGUAACCUACAUCAUCAUGUGAAAACUUCAUCUAAUUUGAUGUUAUUGUAUAUCUAUAUUUAUGGUUCGAUGAAUUUGUAUAAAACAUGCUAUAAAUUGGUUCCCACUCAUUACUUUUUUGAGA